AUGGCGCAAAUCGUCACCUAUCCGCCGUACAACAAGCCGAGCGUUGCGCCAACGCCGUCGGUGCAACCUCCGCGUAACCUGCUGGCCCUGCGCCGGCCUCCACCGUCUACUGCCCCUGCGCUUCCUCAACGGCCCGCCCUCGCCCCUCCACCGGCGGGCUACACCCGUACCCUACAUGCCGCCCCAGCAGCCUGGCCCAAGACGCUGACGGAGAGUGUUGGGUCUUUCUCGCGCGAGUCGGAGCCGUUUGGUCCCGUCCCCGCCAAGGAGAGUAAGAAGGAGCGGUCGGCGCGCAUUGUGCGCGAGAAGGAUGCGAGCGUUAUUCCCCGCCGAGACGCAACCUACUGGCCCAUCGCGGAAGCCGAGGUGUCGUCCCAGCCACCGCAGUGGCUCGCCGUCGAGCGGUGGCACCGCAACGUCCAGGCCAAAGAUGGGAUCACGCUUGUUGUCGCCCACGCCAACGGACUCCAGAAGGAGCUGUACUACCCCAUGAUGGCCAAGCUUCUCGAGCAGUCUGGACCCGGCGCGCUGUUUGGUUCCGGUGGGUCGUUGCCCAGCGCCGCGACGCCCGUGUUCAAUGACGUCUGGUUCCUCGAUGACGUGCACCACGGCGCAAGUGUCGACUUGAACGCCGGCAAGCUCGCCUCGAUGUAUGCGUGGGCCGACUGUGCGCGUGACUGUGCCAAUUUCGUACAGCACGUCCUUCCAACUGCGAACGGAGGGUAUCAGAUGCAGUGGACUGAUGCGACCACUGCUCCGCCCGUCAUUGGUGUCGGCCACUCGAUUGGCGGCAACGCAAUGGUGCAGGCCUGCCACAUGGUGCCGGACCGGUUCUCCGCCCUCCUCCUCAUCGAGCCAAUGUGCCAGCCGGCCAUCGGUAACGUCCAGAUCAAGAUGGGUCAUCCGAUCGUUCAAGGCGCGCUGAGACGGCGCUCCGAGUGGCCGUCCGUCCAGUCAGCCGCCGAGACCCGCACCAACGCAAUGUUCAAUACAUGGGACCAGGACGUCUUCGACGUGUACCUCAAGUCAUCGCUCGUCCCCACCGGAAAUGGGGAGGAAGUGACCCUCGCCACGCCCAAGUGGGCCGAAGCCGCUGUCUUCUCGGACCCCGAGGGACCGCAGCGCGGAUGGGACAGCCUGUCCAACCUCCAUUGCCCUGUCGGCUUCAUCCUCGGCGAAAACCCAGCGUGGCUCGGAGGGCCCGAGGUCGUGCCCGAGAUCCCUUGGCGCGCGCCCCGUAGCCGUAAUGAGCGGCUUAUGAGUGGUUCACACCUUCUGCCGCAGGAGGCUCCGGCGGAUUGUGCCGAUUCGAUGUGGCGCUUCUUCACGACGCUGGCGGCUGGCAAGUGGGACGCGACGGGGAGCAAGCUCUAG